AUGCAGACACUGGUUUGUUCUGAUUUCCCCAAAUUCAAACCACGUUCCCAUCACAAAUUCAAGAAAUCUACACCAAUCCCAUAUUGCAGUCUGAGAAAAACAAGCACUAAUUCUAAUUGGGCAGCCAUAUCAGCAACCCUUUUCGGCACCGGCUUCUUCUUAGGUCCCCUUGUAGAUGGGAUCCAUUCCAGAGUAAAUCUUGUGGAAUACCAAAAUGGGGCAAUUGAUAUUGGUCCUCUUCACACAAAUAUUUGGGUACCUCCUCUGCUUGGGCUGUUCUAUUGCAGUGUGGGAUUACUGCAACUUGUGCUUGAUCAGAGGUUGCCAUCUGAGGCAAUCAACAGUAGCCCAGAGAAAACUGCUGCUUCAUUUAUAGCCCUGGUGCUGUUCGUUGAAUUAAGUGCAGAAUUGUACAAAGCUGGAGUAGCAGACAACAUUGAAGCCUACAUAUUAUUUGCUGGGGCGGAAUUGAUUUGGUUACUGCUGGAUAAGACUAGAUUGGGAUUUGCACUUGCUUGUGUUGUAGGCCUUUGUUGCCCACUUGCAGAAAUUCCCAUUAUGAAACUGUUUGGGCUCUGGUACUAUCCCCAAGCAAAUGUCGAGAUAUUCGGUCAGGGACUAGUAAGUUGGACUAUGACUUGCUAUUUCGUGUAUACUCCAUUCUUGAUAAAUAUAUCACGCUCGAUCAAAGCGAUCAUUGCUACUGCAAAUGCUGAAGAAAGAUCAAUUUCUGAGUAA